GGGAUUCCGGUCCUGGGAGUGUCUGCAGCCCAGGAGGGGCUGAAAGCUCCAGAGUGAGCCCUGAGAUAGAAUGAGAGGGGAAGAAGAAAGCAGCUAGGCGCUCCGAGAAGGGGAGGAAGUGGGAGAUGCGCUGCUUCCUGUAGAAGAAACAUGACUGAAGACAAAGCUGGGUGGGGACUAGUCCCGGGGCUGCAGGCGCCGCUGCCACACACACGGCGGCUGCCACUCCGCGGGCAGCUCGUACUACUGCUGCGCGGCGCUGGGCUGGGCUGGGCUGGGCGGGCUGCGCGGGGCUCCCCAGCACACAGAGGCUCCGCACGGAGAAGAGCCACUUUUCUCUGACCAGCUUCGGGAACUAAGCCAGAAUUGCCAGUGAGCCUCAGGCUUUGGAAACUGAAGAGGGAGGCAGACGAGCCCAGCCAACAUCCUGAUGGCGAGCAACAAUACCGCCAGCAUAGCGCAGGCCCGGAAGCUGGUAGAACAGCUGAAGAUGGAAGCCAACAUUGACAGGAUAAAGGUGUCCAAGGCAGCUGCAGACUUGAUGGCCUACUGUGAAGCGCAUGCCAAGGAAGAUCCCCUCCUGACCCCUGUGCCGGCUUCAGAGAACCCAUUUAGAGAGAAGAAGUUUUUCUGUGCUAUCCUUUAAGUCUUCACUAAGAGCCUGAAGAGCCUCAGCUCCUGGGACACUGAUGUAGAGUUUUUAGCAAAGUGGGCGCCUUUCUAGUCCACAGCAUUUAAAGAGAGAAAGGAGAACCACCCUGGAAACUCCAGGCUGUGCAUGUUUAAAGAACUGGUCGGUCCCCUUUAUGAGAAUGAAGCCGAUCUGCAUCUUGAGUUUAGAGAUCUGCUAUCUGCAGAGCUGCCUAGAGGAGGGAAAUGUGUAAAGAUAAAAUCGGUGUCAUUUCUUUUCUGCUAUACCUCCCCAAACCUUAUGUUUCUGCUUUAUAUUUAAAAAAUAAAAAUUAAAACAGACAGCUGUACUGAGCUGAGCUAUGUAUGACCUUCUUGGACUUAAUAUUGCCUUUAGAAUACCCUUUGUAAGCUGAGUUGUCCAGUGUGGCUGCAGUCUGGUUUAAUGGGAUUGAUGUUUAGUCCUUGUGUCUUUUUCUGUUUCCCUUCUCCCUUCCCUGUCCUUCUUCUCGUCCCAGCUAGAGUAGUACAGGGAUUAGACUGGAAUUGUCUGUAAGCCUGACCCCAAGGAUGAACACCCAAAUGUUUAGGGAGCUGCUCCCCAUGGUUUACCCUCAUGGUUAAGAACAACAAAACAUGUUGGUUGUCUGUGUUCUCUUCCCACAAUCCCUAACAUCUGUACAUGAUAGCUUUGAUUCUGCAAGUAAAAGUAAACGUGUUGUAACUGGUGCUUUCAUAUUA